AACAGGAAAGAGCACCGUCGACUGAUUGGUAGGAGGAACACGGGAAUGGCAGCUUGACAACGUGUGGCGCAACGAAAACACGUAGUAAAAUUAUGAACCAUGUACCUGUCUGAGGAAGCGUAGCGUGAUUACGCAAUGCACUGCGGGGGGUAUUAUUUCCUUGCAAUCAGAAGGUUGUCGAUGCGGAAUAUGUACACUCUUCGCCAAAUUACCUGUAUUGUUCGUUGAAUAAACAGGAUCUGCAGUUUCGCAAAUUCGGUUUUGUCGGAGUACUGAUGGUAUACCAAGCUCACCUGAAGCAUUAGCUGCUACGGAGGCUCCUGCGAUGUACAGCGAGGAAACGAUCAAUAAUUUACUGAAAGAUUUUAGUAGACUGAAAGAUGUUUGCUACUUGGACCAUGUGGGAGCGACGCUAUACUCUGAGAGUCAAAUUAAAGCUGUGCAAGAGGAUCUUUUGUCUAAUGUGUAUGGAAAUCCUCAUUCUUUAAGUACAUGCAGCCGCUAUUGUACAGAUGUUGUGGAUCAAGUACGAUUCAGAGUGUUGCAGCAUUACAAUGCCAGCCCAGACGAGUACAGCAUAAUAUUCACAUCUGGGGCAACAGCAGCCCUGAAGCUGGUAGCAGAGUCCUUUGUCUGGGGAGAGGACGGUCAGGCUGGGACCUUCACCUACCUUCAGGACAACCACACAUCUGUACUGGGAAUGAGAGAACUAGCAGCAUCUCGAGGUGCUUCAGUCACGUGCAUCAGCCAGGAGGAAGCUUUUUCUGUCUUCAGCAAGACUAACAGAGAGAUACAUGAAGCUGAGGUACCAAGCAGCAACUCCCUUUUUGUGUAUCCAGCGCAGAGCAAUUUCUGCGGCGUGCGCUACCCACUAUCUUGGGUUGAAGGUGUGCACCGUGGCAGUUUGAAUAAUCUUCCUGGUAUCAGGUCAACUGGUUCUUCAAAGUGGUUCUGUUUGCUGGAUGCUGCAGCAAUGCCAUCACUGGAUCUGUCGCACAUGGCACCAGACUUUGUUUCUGUGUCAUUUUACAAGAUGUUCGGUUACCCUACUGGUCUCGGUGCUCUGCUUGUACGCAACUCCAGUUCUAAUGUCCUCAGAAGGGAUUACUUUGGAGGAGGGACUGUUCAGAUUGCAUUAUCGAGUGAGAGAUUUCACGUGCCUCGAGAAGAGAUCAGUGAGCGGUUUGAAGAUGGUACUCUGCCAUUCCUGUCAAUCGUAGCAGUGCGUCACGGCCUGGAAGCAGUGGAGCGCCUCGUCCCGGGAGGCUGCGGAGGCGCCUUGGCAGCACGCCAUUCGCUCUCGUUGGCCCGUCGGGUGUUUUACCACCUCUUGCGCCUGCACCAUGCAAAUGGAGCACCGGUGGCUGUCUUGUACGGAGACACAGACUACAGCAGCGUCGAGACCCAGGGAGCGGUCGUCAACUUUAAUCUGCUGCGGCCUACAGGGGAAUUCGUCGGUUUUGUCGAGGUACUCAACAUGGCAAAUCUGCACAACAUUCAGCUAAGGACAGGAUGCUUUUGCAAUCCAGGGGCAUGUCAGGUGCAUCUCAAGCUCUCUUCAGAUGAUGUCAGAAAACAUUUCCAGGCAGGCCACGUAUGUGGUGACGAAAGAGACCUUAUAGACGGUCAGCCGACCGGAUCUGUUCGCAUAUCCUUUGGCUACAUGUCAACCGAGCACGACGUCGACAGGUUUCUGGAGAUGGUGGAGUCAGCUUUUGUACGAGGCCCGGCGAUUUUCGAGACUCCGAAAUGGUGGCCAGAGUUUGUUACAUUGUACAGGCAAAAAUUCCAGGUGUAUUCCAGUUGUGUGCCCAACAGUUUUGACAUCACAGUGCCGAAUUCUACAGAACCUUUGUCACGUAGCGUAAUUAGUGCUCGGGAAGCAGGGAAGGUGGAAAAGUACAGUUUCACAAGUUAUGUUACUAGACGUGAAAAAGACAAAGUAGUAUCUAGUCACUUCCGAGAAGAGGGAAAUGGUGGUGUAGGUGAAGAAUUUAACCUGGUUAAUGGGAGCAGUUGGUGCACAGAUAUUCCGGAGCAUGAAAGUGAGAAAUGCUCAGGUGAAAUGAACUGCGAAGUUGAAAAACUGAAGUCACUUCAUCUUCUUAGUGAUGAGGAACCUCGAGUACUUCUGGACUCUUUCAGUGACGUGCAAGAUAAUUCCGACAGGCUUGACAGUCCGAGAGGGAUAUGUGAUGUGGAGGAUCCUAAACAGGAAAUUGUGUUGUGUCCAGUAACUUGUAAACAUCUCUCUCCUUUGCCCAUGACUGAAAACCUCACACGGUCUUGCAGUGAUACAAACAAUAACACUUCUGAAGAAGAAGCAAAUGGAGACAGCUUGCUUUUUCAGCAGAAACUAGUAGCUUCCUCUUUCCGACCUCCAAGGAACAAAGUGUUCAGAGGUGCCAGCAGUAUUGACGCUAAUAAUGAAACUGAAGAGAACUAUUGUAAUCUGACUGUGCAGCCAGAAAAACCACUACAGACUGUGAAUGGGAAAUCUGAAACAGUCACAAGACUGAGGCACAUCUUCGUGUACCCAGUGAAGUCGUGCGGCGCCAUGGCCGUCCCGACGUGGGAGGUGAGUGCGCGCGGCCUGGCCUACGACCGGCAGUGGAUGGUGGUGACGUCUGCGGGGGUGGCCCUCACGCAGAAGACGGAGUCCCGGCUGUGCCUCGUCGUGCCUCACGUCGAUGUCGACAGGAGGAUCCUGCAGCUCCACUUUCCAGGAAUGGAGCGUCUCGAUGUCAGCAUCGGAGACACCGGUGCGAGUUGCACGCCACGCCGAGUGUCGGUGUGCCAGAGCAAAGUGUGCGGCGACCGCGUGCGGGCCGAGGACUGCGGCGACGGGGCGGCCGGCUGGCUGCAGGAGGCUCUGGGCCGGCCCGGCCUGCGGCUGGUCAGGCAGAGCGCCGACGACGGGCGCCACGGGAAGGGCCCCGCAGAUACAUCUGAACUGUCACUGUCAAAUCAAGCACAGUACCUGAUGAUUAACCUGGCCAGUAUUAACUGGUUUGCAGACAUCCUGCAGGAGAGAGCAGCAUUCCCAAAGGAAGGUCUAUUGGAAAGAUUUCGCAGCAACUUGGUUGUAGAAAGUACAGAUGCCUUUGAGGAAAAUGAGUGGAAAACCUUGCGUAUAGGAUCCGUGGAUUUUAAGGUGGACGGGCCCUGCACACGCUGCCAGGUGAUAUGCGUCGACCAGGCGACAGGCGAGAAGACGAGGGAGCCGCUGAGGACUCUGUCCGAGGUGUUCUGUGGCAAGAUGAGAUUCGGUGUAUACCUCAGUCAGCUCCACCACGACAGUGCGAGUGCUGUGAUCUCUGUUGGUGACAGAGUCAUCGUUCCUGUACCCUAGCCUCUCCAGUAUUACUGUAUGACUCGCACAAUGGCGAGCAGCUACUGGCGUACUAGUGCUUCGCGUACUGAUUCCUAUUUUUCAAUUUGUGUUUUAAGUGCCUUACUCCUGCACAUAUUGUGACAUUGCUGUUGUUAUUCUGAAACAUGUUCCUAUCACCUCCUUAUACUAAGUUCACCAUCACACUAUUUCCAGAAUGCUUACUUGGUUGUGAAACAAUAACUAUCCUCUAAAUAAUUAAAAUAUCUACCAGCCACUAUUUUAUAUUGUCUAGGUGCGGUACAGUUACCUCGAUUGUAGCAAUGUGAGGGAAACAUGUUUCGACAUGGACAUCUAAGCGAGUGUAGAAAACACAAGUACAAAAAUAAUUACAUCACAAUGUAGUAAUAUGAGUAAAAGUAAGAUUCACUUUCUGGGCAAGUUAUACCAUUGAGACAGCUGUGGCCGGCUGCGGUGGCCGAGCUGCUCUAGGCACUUCAGUCCGGAACCGCACGACUGCUACGGUCGCAGGUUUGAAUCCUGCCUCGGGCGUGGAUGUGGGUGAUGUUCUUAGUUUAGUUAGGUUUAAGUAGUUCUGAGUUCUAGGGGGCUGAUGACCUCAGAUGUUAAGUCCCAUAGUGCUCAGAGCCAUUUGAACCAUUUGAGCCGGCUGUGUAAUAGGACAGUAAGAAUAGAUUUUCAGUGACAUUUAUUUUUGUAUGGAAUCUCUUCUGUGUCUGUUUUGUUUCUCCUGCAUUACUUCCCAUGGUGCAGGAUAUUAUUAUUUUGUGAGAUCUGAAAUUAUUAUUUUUGGAUCCAUUGUCUGUUACGUACAUGAUUUAUAUAUAAAGUGUUUGGUUAUGUGACUUCUUAUGCUUUUCAUUCUUUAAUUAUUUACGGGUGUUUGGAGCUACUUACAAUUUGUUUAUUUAUGCACUGAUUUUGACUUUAUAGCAUCGUACAAAAUGCACACUCCAUAACAGAGCGGAAGUUUCAUUCUAGAAACAAAUCACAGGCUUUGGCUUAGUAAUUUCUUCGUGAUAUCCUUUCUUCUGGGGAGUGGUAAUCUACAAAGUAUGCAGUAGAGCCUCUGUAAAAUUUGAAAAUUAAAAGCAAUGUAUUGGAAAUGUGAGGGUGGGCCAGGGCUUGGAUAUCUUUAUACAAGCAUUCCUGUGCGGGAUAAAGGUCUGGAUUUGAGCCCUUGUAGAGCACACAGUUUUAAUGUGCCAUGACAUUUCAUAUGAACAAGUGAAUUCAUUUAUAACAGGUUGCAUCAAGAAUAUUUAACCUUUUAGCUGCUGCGGACAUGUAUACGUGUCUUGCUCCGCUGUUCCCCAGGUGCUGUUGACACGUUUACAGGCACUGCGUGUGGUUUACUACAAUGCUACUGCGUGUAUGUGUGUAACCACACGCCAACCUCUCACUGUUGCUUAUGAGUUACUUCCACAAUUACCUUUGUGGAUAAAAAAGUUUCAAGUAUUUAUCAGUUAACAUAUGUGCAUCUUUGCAUGCUAUCAUUUGCAAAAACCUUGUUUCUAUAUCUUGAACUGUUUAUGAAAUAUGAUGAUUGUUACAACCACACAAUUCCCAAAUUGCAGUGAUGGAAAUGGGUGCAAUGUGUGUGACAGUAACUCGAGAACAAAAGGAGAUCAUUGAGCUCUCAAUUUCAAAUAAAAGUUUUAUACCUUAUCUACUUUUCAUACACUGAAAUUUAUGACCUAAAAUCAACCAUAAACAAAGUUGACACAGUUUGCUUUUACCUUUGCAAACUCUUUAAAAUAGCGUGCAAUGUUUUACUUAACUUGAUGCAGCACAGUAACCAUGACAAUAACAAAAAGUAAUUCAGUUCUUUACCAAGCAAAGAAAUCAGACUGUAAGAUGUGCAAAAAUGAAAUUUUUUCAGCGAAUAAUUUUCUUAAAAUCAGACGAUAAAUAUUGCUUAGCAGCUCGAACACCGUCUUUGAGCACAGGUUUCAGCAUUUGGUGAUCAGUGCAGCCACAACAAAGCUACGCUUAGCACGAACUGUAGAGAGCAUGUCUGUAGCAGGGUAAGAAUUAAAAUUUGAGGCAAUUUUGGGUAGUGACAGUUUUGGACUCUGCCCCAUGAUGACACAUAUGUAUUCUGCUGUACAUUGUAGUAGAAAUAUAUGACUUUUGCAAAACCUGCUUUUAGCCAUUUCAAAUAGUUUGAAAAUAAGUAUUGUAUUUGUAAUGUUCAUUAAAACCAUCUGUGACAAAAACUUGAUGCUUGUAUUGAACUGUCAAUAGAUAUGUAUAAUGGGUAUAUAAAAUUUUCUAAGAUGCAUUUAUUUUGCAAAUGGAUUCCUGUAAAAACAAAUAUAAUUCCAUAUUGUUUUUGAUAUUACUAUGAUUUUUAAAAUAAAAACAAUGCAUAUACAUGACUUGAUUUAGAUGAUAAUCUACAGAAAAAAAUCUUAUUUGAUUUAUGAAGAAGAAAAUGCAGAAAAGCAGGUUGUGACUGAUUUUGUAGAGGGUCUGCAAGUGAUGAAUACAUCUGAAGGUUGUCUAGUUUUCGUUAAUCAUUGCUCAUUUUCAGAGGGAAAAAAAAGUCUUCAGGAGACAUUCAUUGUGUUCUGGUGCCACUGAAUGAUUGAGUUUCUCAUAGUGUGAAGUAAUGAUUGGUGGUGGUGUAGUAAAAACUAUGUUCAGAAAACUAGCACACCCUGUGUUCCCAACUUUUUGUACAGUUGUGGCCCGUUGUUACUCUCCUCUUAUAUUUCUCCACCUUCUCCUGCGACAUCACCAUCUGCAACCACGUGACAAACUUUCUGUUGCAUAAGACAUUAAUGAUAUUAAAACUGGAAGACACAGUGAGAACACUGUGCAACAAGCACAAAACAUUUUCACUUGCAAAAAGUAGGCAACAUUCACUUCAUCGACUGCAAAUCCUCAGUGAGCCAAAUGGGUACUUUCUUUUUCAAGUUCUAAGUUUUCUAUUUUGUUGUACAUAAAAUUUACAUGUGGACUGAAAUUAUUUUUAUAUUGUUGUUUUAAAUAAUUGUUAACCUGUGGUAAAUUGUUAAUUAUCUACCUUAUGACAGGACAUCUUGCAUUGCAGAUUAGUUAUUGUUUACUAAGUAAUAUUUUAAAUGCACAUUUUAAGUAGGUUAGUACAUCACAUAGUGCAUAUGAGCAACAGUAGCUGCACAAUGAAGAAGAAACUGAGUGCAAUAUUAGAAGUCUAAGAACUAAAGUAGAAAAAAUUGCACAAAAACUGCCAUGAUUUGUUAAACUGGGAAACUCUUACAAAAAGAAUUUCA